UCGUAACUGUAUACAUAUGUCGUACGCACGUGCUUGUUUCUAACCUCAAAAUCGCCCGUCAUAGUCCGAUGCGAUAUUUACAGGAAUAAGCGAACGGUGGUAGAAGCUUUGCGCAAAUAUUGAGCUCUGACAAUGGCGAUGCAAGUUCCGACUGACGUGGAUGCCGAUCAAAUUAAAUCUUUUCGAGACUUCUUAACGUCGUACAAUAAACUCUCCGAAAUUUGCUUCGUCGACUGCAUAACCGACUUCACGACGCGAGAAGUUAGGGCCAAGGAGGAGAAAUGCGCCCUUAACUGCAUGGAAAAGUACCUGAAAAUGAAUCAGAGAGUGUCUCAACGUUUCCAGGAGUUUCAAAUAACUGCCAAUGAAAAUGUUUUGGCAGCUAAAAGGCAAGGCCAGGCAAAUUAGGUUCGUCAGUAAAACUGUGUAGAUAAACUGAUCUUAUCAUGAGCCUCUAUUCGAAUCUUCGUAUCAUAAGAUUGCAAUAAACAUUUCUCGAACAUCUCUCUACAUGACGGUCUAUUCAUUCAGUGUCUAAUGGAUAUAUAUUUGUUCGAGAUUUAAAAACGUUUUAUUUUGAAAUUAAAAAACAUUGAUUGUACAAUAAAUCAUGUACUGUAAUGUAUUGUAAUAUAAAAUGUUGAACAUGUAAAUUAUGGGAGCGACGGAGUUAAUGUAUAUGUUAUAUGAGUAAACAAUGACUUGUUCUAUCUUUUUAAUAUGAA